AUGGCCAGCAAGGACACAUUCUACGCUCACAACACCAACCUUUGGGACCUCACCCAUCCAGCGGACGGCCUCCCCUCGACGACUAUGCCCCUCGCGUUCCACGUACCCCAAGUGAUAGAUCUCCAAGCACUAGUUGAUCUGCUCGCAAACCCAGUAAAUGCAAAGAAUGAUCUGUCGGUUGCCGCACUCAGCGACGAAGAGCGCGAGUCUGUCUGCCACCGGUGGCUCACCAUGAAUGACCUUUUGAAUUAUAUGAAAUUUAUCACCCUCGACACUAGGGGUGAUGAGUCUAUCGGAGCGGGCACCGCGGGGGGGGGCCAUGGAGAAUCCCGACCGCAGGAAGAAAAGGGUUUAGUACGGAGGCCUUAA